UUCCUCUUCCGGUCGCCAUGGCGACAGGGCGCCUUGGGGUGGGGGAGACACUGCAGGCUCUUAAUGCGGCGGUAGGGCCUGGUAACCCUGUGUGGUUCAAGGAAACACACGCCCGGCACCUGCGCGUCCGAGACUUCUUGGCGCCGCGCAAUGCGCUACAGACGCACUUCAGGGAUGGACAGGUGCCCCAGAGUGUAUUCCAGGCCGUCGCCUGCCUGCAGGGUCCGGGUGUAGCUCCGGUGUGGCGCUGCGCACCCACAUCCGCGGGUUUAUCGCUGCAGCUGCAGCGGCCCGCCGUAUUCGAGCGCGUUCUGGGCGCCGUGGCCUCCUAUGCUACCCCCGCCAAGCCUGCCUCAUCAGGCCCGCGAGUCGUCCUACAUUGCCCAGCACUGCGCUGCAGGCCAGACGCACUCCGCCUCAGCCAGCUGCGUGCGGUGCUUGUGGCCGAUCAUCUAGCGAGAACGCUGCGCGCUCACGGGGUAUGUGUGCGUCUAGUGCCCUCUGUGCGGGAACGGCACAUGUCCACUUUCCUGCAACAACUUCGAGUGGACUGGCCCACUGCCUCGGAGAGCACAACAGAAACCCUGAAGUCCUGGAUGCUUGCAGAGUUUACCUCUGUUCCUGCGGGGAAAGCACUGCCCCCUGGCGUCUUAGGCCGACUGUGCCUGAAGAAACUGGUAGAAGAGGACUGCCGGGCUGGCUAUGACCCAAGCAUAGACAACUGUCUGGUGACUGAGGAUUUGCUCUCUAUACUGUCUGAACUACAGGAGGCAGUGUGUCAUUGGCCAAAGGACAGCUACCCAGGCCUGGCUGGGGACUCAGAUGCCAAUACAGAUGGCUGCAUGGUUAUACACGUGGUGAGCUGUGAGGAGGAGUUCCAACAACAAAAGUUGGACCUGCUUUGGCAGAAACUGGAUGACCAGGCUCCUGUCAAGCAGAAGCACCUGGUCUGUGGCCCAGUGAAAGUAGCUGGUGUACCUGGUAACCUGAUGACGGCCCCUGAGUAUUACAAGCUCCGACAUGGUCAGGUGUACAAGGCCUCAGUAUUGAAGCAUGGUGGGGCUCUGGCACAAGACCCAGCCUGGACAGACACCUUUGAGAUCCUCUCUGUGGCCACAAUCAAGUUUGAGAUGCUAAGCACAGCUCCACAGAGCCAGCUCCUCCUGGCCAACAGCACCAUCUCCACAAAGGGCACAAAGAGUGGUACUUUUGUCAUGUAUAACUGUGCCCGACUUGCCACACUCUUUGAGGGUUACAAGCAUGGCAUGGAACAAGGUCUGUACCCUACUUUUCCACUCGUGAGCAGUCUGGAUUUCUCCCUGCUACAUGAUGAGGGUGAGUGGCUGCUACUUUUCAACAGUGUCCUCCCCUUCUUGGACCAGCUGAACCAGACUGUGAGCCUGGCUAGCACAACCCCAGGGCUCCACAUCACUGUUCGCACAGAGAUGGUGUGUAAGUUCCUGGUGCAGCUCAGCAUGGAUUUCAGCUCAUACUAUAACCGGGUACACAUCCUAGGGGAGCCCCGACCACACCUCUUUGGUCAGAUGUUUGCCCGCCUUCAGCUUCUGAGGGCUGUACGUGAAGUGUUCCACACAGGCCUGGCUAUGCUGGGCCUCCCUCCGCUGAGCCGUAUCUAAGGGCCCAAUAACUGGGAAUGUUUUAAAAAUCAACUAGAAAACAAAACCUCACAGAUGUUGGGAGUGUAAAGCCAAAAUAAAUUGCUUCUGUUACAGUUC